UGUGUGUCUGUGUGUUUUGGUGAAAUUAAAUAAAAAAGUCUUAAGAUCUAAACUUAUGCUUGUGUGUCUUUCAAGAAAUGUUAUUUAAAAAAAUAAAAAAGAAAAAAAAAGAAAUGUUAUUAUUUUGUUGGGACAUUGCAUUUUGACAAGAUGUUACCAUCUUAGAUUCCUCUAGCUUUGUAUAAAUCAGUGCUAUAAACGCUGCUGAUUGAGAUUUUCUUCUUCUCUUUUCAGGAUUUUGUUUUUGCACUGAAUGUAGCCUGGAUUGAUCCUCCCGGGCUUCAAGAGCCCUAGGAUACUGUCAGAGGCCGUAUUUGUGUGUUUCUGCAGAGUUUUGCACAGAUUCUGUUCCCAUGCAAACCGAUGAGGGAGAAAUAUUGGAAGAAAGCUGCUCCGAGGUGGGACAUGAAGAUUUGGUAAUGGAAGGGCAUGGCAAGACUCCGCCUCCUGGUGAAGAAAGCCAACAAGAGAAGGAGCAAGAAAGGGAAGAACAGUUAAUGGAAGACAAGAAAAGGAAGAAAGAGGAUAAAAAGAAGAAAGAAGCUGCUCAGAAGGUCACGGAACAAAAAACCAAAGUGCCCGAAGUGACGAAACCAAGUUUAAGCCAACCAACGGCCGCCAGCCCAAUUGGCAGCUCUCCAUCGCCACCAGUCAAUGGUGGCAACAAUGCCAAAAGGGUGGCAGUGCCGAACGGACAACCGCCAAGCGCCGCCCGCUACAUGCCUCGGGAGGUGCCGCCGCGAUUCCGUUGCCAGCAGGACCACAAAGUGUUACUAAAACGCGGGCAGCCCCCUCCACCCUCCUGUAUGCUCCUUGGGGGUGGGGCCGGGCCUCCUCCCUCCACCACACCUGGAGCAAACCCCAACAACGCACAAGUGACAGGAACCCUGCUGCAAAGUGAGAGUGGGCCUGCAACAGAUUCAUCCAUUGGAGGUGCUGCUGCUUCAAAUUAUGCAAAUUCCACUUGGGGCCCAGGAGCCUCCUCCAGCAACGGCGCUGCUGCCAACCCCACUCCCACCUGGGACAAGGUGAUUGUAGACGGGUCUGACAUGGAAGAGUGGCCUUGUAUUGCCAGCAAAGACCCUGAGGCUCCUUCCGAGAACACCACCGAGAACAACAGUGCCUCGAACCCUGGCUCUGAGAAAAGCCCUCUGCCAGGAAGCACCACUAGUCACAAAGGAAAAGGAAGCCAGGGCCCCUCCGGGAGUUCUGGGAACGAAUGUAAUCUUGGGGUCUGGAAGUCUGACCCCAAGGCCAAGUCUGUUCCACCUUCCAUCUCUGCUGCAGAAAGCAACAACGCACUUGGGAACUGGAGGAACGUGGGGGGUCAGGAGCGGCUCGGGCCUGCUUCGGGCUUCAGCAACUUCAACCCAAAUAGCAACCCGUCUGCCUGGCCCGCACUGGUACAGGAGAGCGGCAAUCGGAAGGGAGCCCCCGAGGCCGAGAGCGGCAGCCCCGGCGCGCAGGCAGCCAAGAUGGAGAGCAGCGCCGGGGUGAACUAUGUCGUCUCUGGCCGAGAACAGGCUCCAGUUCAUAACACUGAUGGACCAAAAAAUGGAAACACUAACUCCUUGAACUUAAGCUCACCAAACCCCCCUGAGAACAAGGGGGUGCCCUUUGGGGCGGGCUUGGGGGGCUGCUCCCGGGGCACGGAUGCCCCUUCACAGAGCACUGGAGACAGGCAGCCGGGGAAUGCUGGGGCUCGGGGUACAGGCAGGGGGGCUUCUGGAACUGACACCGUCUCUGGACAAAGCAACUCUGGAAACAAUGGGAACAAUGGAAAGGAGCGAGAGGAUGCCUGGAAAGGCGCCUCUGCCCAGAAAUCUGCUGGCUCCAAAAAUGACUCUUGGGAGAACAGUGGCAGGAAUACGGCUGGUGGGUCCUGGAACUUUGGCCCGCCGGACCCAAACGAAAGCAAAUGGGGUGAAGGGAACAAAAUGACAUCUGGGGUCUCUCAGGGAGAAUGGAAACAGCCGCCUGGGUCUGACGAGUUAAAGAUUGGAGAAUGGAGUGGUCCAAACCAACCAAAUUCUAGCACUGGAGCAUGGGACAAUCCAAAGGGCCACCCCCUCCCUGAAAACCAAGGCAAUUCCCAGGCUCCCUGUUGGGGGAGAUCUUCGAGCUCCACAGGAAGCGAGGUUGGCGGUCAGAGCACUGGAAGCAACCACAAAGCAGGAAGCAGUGACAGUCACAAUUCCGGGCGCCGCUCAUACAGGCCCAACCAUCCCGACAGCCAGGCGGUCUUGCAGACUCUGCUGAGCCGGACCGACCUGGACCCCCGGGUGCUGUCCAACACCGGCUGGGGCCAAACUCAAAUUAAACAGGAUACAAUUUGGGAUAUCGAAGAGAUGCCGAGGCCCGAGGGGAAAUCCGACAAAGGGACAGAGGGGUGGGAGAGCUCUACCACACAGACAAAGAACUCAGGGGGCUGGGGAGACGGACCCAGCCAAAGCAAUCAAAUCAAGUCUGGAUGGGGUGAGCUCUCGACCCCUACAGAAUGGAAGGACCCCAAAAACACGGGGGGAUGGAACGAUUAUAAGAACAAUAACUCCUCCAACUGGGGAGCAGCGAGACCAGAGGAGAAGGCAUCUUCCUCGUGGAAUGACAAUUCUGGCAAAGAUCAGGGCUGGGGAGGGCGCCAGCCUAGCCAAGGAUGGACGUCGGGAAAGAACGGAUGGGGAGAAGAAGUCGAUCAGUCGAAGAACAGUAACUGGGAGGGAUCGGGAAGUAAACCGGCUUCUGGUUGGGGUGAAGGAGGCCAGAAUGAAAUCGGGACUUGGGGAAACGGUGGGAAUGCAAACUUGGCAUCAAAAAGCGGAUGGGACGAUUGCAAAAGGUCUCCGGCCUGGACGAACGAGACGGCCCGGCAGUCCAAUUCCUGGAACAAACAGCACCAACAGCCGCCGCCGCAGCAGCCGCCUCCGCCGCCGCCGCCGCAGCAGGAGGCCUCCAGCUCCUGGGGAGCCCCGCCCCAACCACCCCCGCCGGGCAACGGGCGCCCCCCCAACCCCAGCUGGAGCGGCGGGCCACAGCCAUCGGCCUCCAAGGACGAGGAGCCCAGCGGCUGGGAAGAGCCUUCCCCUCAGUCCAUCAGCAGGAAGAUGGACAUCGAUGACGGCACGUCAGCCUGGGGAGACCCGAGCAGUUACAACUACAAGAAUGUGAACCUGUGGGACAAGAAUUCUCAGGGGGGUCAGGCCCCACGAGAACAAAGCCUGCCCACCCCGAUGACGAGCAAAGCAUCAUCAGUCUGGAGCAAAAGCACACCACCUGCUCCAGAUAAUGGUACAUCAGCUUGGGGUGAGCCAAACGAAGCCAGCCCUGGGUGGGGUGACAUGGAUGAGACGGGAGCAUCCUCUACAGGCUGGGGUAGCACCCCCUCCAGUGCUCCAAAUGCCAUGAAACCCAACUCCAAAUCUAUGCAAGAUGGAUGGGGGGAGAGCGAUGGGCCGGUGACAGGGACCCGCCAUCCCAGCUGGGAAGAAGAUGAUGAUGGAGGAGUUUGGAACACCGCAGGCUCUCAGGGAAGCAGCUCCUCUCAUAAUUCAGCAGGCUGGGGGCAAGGAGGCAAGAAACAACAAAUGAAGUGUUCACUAAAAGGCGGAAACAGUGAUUCCUGGAUGAACCCUCUCGCCAAGCAGUUUUCAAAUAUGGGAUUGCUGAGUCAAGCUGAGGACAGCCCAGGCAGUAAGAUGGAUUUGUCUGUAGGGAGCCUUCCUGACAAGAAGUUUGAUGUGGACAAACGAGCCAUGAAUCUCGGGGACUUUAACGAUAUCAUGAGGAAGGAUAGAUCUGGGUUCCGUCCACCUAAUUCCAAAGACAUGGGAACCACAGAUAGCGGGCCUUACUUUGAGAAGCUGACUUUGCCUUUCUCCAAUCAAGACGGGUGCCUUGGGGAUGAGGCUCCCUGCUCUCCCUUCUCCCCUUCUCCCAGCUACAAGCUGUCUCCCUCUGGCUCCACAGCACCCAACGUCAGCCUGGGGGCAAUCGGCACAGGGCUCAACCCCCAAAACUUCGCUGCUAGACAAGGUGGCAAUCAUGGUUUGUUUGGAAAUAGCACAGCACAAUCGCGGGGCAUGCACACUCCAGUGCAGCCGCUAAACUCUUCCCCUAAUCUACGGGCGCAAGUGCCUCCCCAGUUUAUUUCUCCCCAGGUUUCUGCCUCCGUGCUCAAGCAGUUUCCUAACAGUGGCCUGAACCCGGGUCUUUUCAACCUGGGGCCUCAGCUGUCUCCCCAACAGAUCGCGAUGCUGAGCCAGCUUCCACAGAUUCCCCAGUUUCAGUUGGCCUGUCAGCUUCUCCUACAGCAGCAGCAGCAGCAGCAGCAGCUGCUCCAGAACCAGAGGAAGAUCUCCCAGGCAGUACGUCAGCAGCACGAGCAGCAGAUCGCUCGGAUGAUGAGCGCCUUGCAGCAACAGCAGCAGCAGCAGCAGCGGCCACCCAGCAUGAAGCAUUCGCCAUCUCACCCUGUCGGACCCAAGCCGCAUCUGGACAACCUAGUCCCCGGCGCCCUGAACGUGGGGCUCCCUGAUCUUCAAAGCAAAGGGCAGAUUCCUGGCUACGGUUCUGGUUUUGGCUCAAGUGGCAUGGAUUAUGGCAUGGUUGGAGGGAAGGAAGCUGGGACAGAAUCUCGCUUUAAACAGUGGACUUCUAUGAUGGAAGGCCUGCCCUCGGUAGCUACACAAGAUGCCAGUAUGCACAAAAACGGCGCCAUCGUACCCCCUGGAAAAACUCGAGGAGGAUCGCCAUACAACCAGUUUGAUAUCAUCCCAGGCGACACGUUGGGGGGCCACACGGGGCCUGCUGGUGAUAGUUGGUUACCUGCCAAAUCUCCACCAACAAAUAAAAUUGGAAGUAAAUCCAGCCAUGCCAGUUGGCCUCCAGAAUUCCAACCCGGAGUGCCAUGGAAAGGUAUACAAAACAUCGACCCUGAGUCUGACCCCUACGUGACCCCAGGAAGUGUGCUUGGGGGUCCAGCCACAUCUCCCAUUGUAGAUACUGACCACCAACUUCUGCGGGACAACACCACAGGGUCUAAUUCUUCCCUCAACACCUCGCUGCCUUCACCUGGUGCCUGGCCCUACAGUGCCUCUGACAACUCCUUUACCAACGUUCAUAGCACUUCAGCAAAGUUCACUGAUUACAAAUCAACAUGGUCCCCAGAUCCCAUAGGACACAACCCCACUCAUCUCUCCAACAAGAUGUGGAAAAACCAUAUUUCCUCAAGGAACACUAGCGGGCUGCCCCGCCCACCUCCUGGCCUGACCAAUCCCAAACCGUCUUCUCCCUGGAGCAGCACAGCCCCCCGCUCAGUCAGGGGCUGGGGGGCCCAGGACUCCAGGCUUGCCUCAGCCUCUGCCUGGAGCGAUGGCGGCACAGCUCGUCCUAGUUACUGGCUGGUUCUUCACAACCUCACUCCCCAGAUUGAUGGGUCAACCUUGAGGACGAUCUGCAUGCAGCACGGCCCGCUGCUGACAUUCCAUCUGAACCUGACCCAGGGCACGGCCCUGAUCCGAUACAGCACCAAACAGGAGGCCGCCAAGGCCCAGACUGCCCUACACAUGUGUGUGCUGGGAAACACUACCAUCCUGGCCGAGUUUGCCACAGACGAGGAGGUGAGCCGGUUUUUGGCACAAGCCCAGCCCCCUCCCCCUGCUGCGACGCCGAGCGCACCCGCGGCCGGCUGGCAGCCCCUGGAGACGGGACAGAGCCAGGCGGACGCUGUCGGCCCCGCCCUGAAUCUCUUUGGGGGGUCGUGGAGCAGCGGCGGGGGUGGCAGCGGGGGCGGCGACCUCCCCGGCGCCUCCUUGUGGGGGCCCCCAAACUACUCCUCCAGCUUGUGGGGGGUCCCCAGUGGGGAGGAUCCCCACCGGAUGGGCAGCCCCGCUCCUCUGCUACCUGGCGACCUUCUGGGAGGAGGGUCGGAUUCAAUCUGAACUUAGAACUUUCAACUCUGACCUCGUGACCUUUUUUGGAACAGCAGCAGCACUAACUCGACCUUUUCGUUUUUUUUUUCAACUUGCAAUAAAUACAUUUUUAAAAGGAAAAAAGAAAACGGAGAGAGAAAAAAAGGUGGGUCAUUGCCAGACUGUCUGAGCACAUCGUUGCCUCCCUUAUAACUUCAGUUUUUUCGUUUGGAAAAUGAAUCCAAAAAAGAGAACAUAUCACUCUUGAAAUACUUGAAUCAUGAACGCCAACCUAGAAAGACAAUGUGAAGCAAGUACACAUACCAUUUAAAUUUCAACACAAAAAAUUAAAAAAAUUAGUUUCUAGUUUUUCACUUUUUCAUGUUAUACGGAAGUUGUUGCUAAGAAACAUAUAUACUGAAAAAUAGCUUUUUAACUUGGUUUGCACUGGGUGUGUUUCCGUCCUUAGGUCUACCGUGUUGGGGGGGGGAGGGCAAAAGAAUUGUGGGGGUUGGGGGAGGGAAGACUAGACGGAGCCUCACUUUAAAAACAAAACAAAAAACUUUUAAAAAAAAAAAAAAAAGGAAAAAAAUUGUGAUUGGCUGGUCGAUAAUACCAGUGUGUGCUGGCACAUGUAACUGCCCAGGCAUGCUUGUGGUUGGUGUGUGUGUGUGUGUGUGUGCGUGUGUGUGUGCGUGUGUGUGCACAUGUGUUGGUGUGCGUGUGCACUCCUCCUCGUCCCACCCCACUAAUCGGAAGGCCUCAUUGUCGCCGGUCCACGGGCUGGCCGGCCAGCCUUCGGCUUCUCUGGACUGGGAGAGGGCCGCGUGCGGCCAGGCCCCUGGGACCGACGCCAAACCCAGGGAGGCCGCAGCCAGGUUCAGGGGGGUGCUUUUCAUGCCCUCGAGCAGGGAGUUGUCUGGUGUGUGCGCGUGUGUGCGUGCGUGUGUGUGAGACAGCCUUUACUUCCAUCCAGCAGCAGAGUGGAGCACUGCCAUACCCAGAAAUUCGAUGAGCAGGAGGCACCUCUUGAGUGACCGCGUAUUCAUUUGUUCAUCCGUGUAUUUAUUACAUAUUUAUUUCUGGUUUUAAAAUCAGAGACACAUCAGAUCACCCACCUGUUGUGUUUUCUCAAAGCAAGCCUUGUUUUGUUUUCAUGGGAACCUCCUCGCAGGUCUCCCUCACGGCCCCGAUAGAUGGAAUCGGCUCAUUGGCAAUCCGAAAUUUCACACUUACCCAAAUUUCCAACUAAGUUAUCAUUUUUUUUUUAAAAACAGAAAAAACAAAAAAACAAAAACAAAGUUGAGCGGCACGAGCGCAAUGGCUCCAGAAGGCCGCGGCAGCUCCCCUCUCUGCUCCCGAUGCUGAGCGUUACCUGUGCCAGGCCUGGGUGUGUCCCGGCGCCAGACCGUCACUGACCGAAACGUUUACUGAAGAAUGUUCUUAAACCAGUGUGUACUUCAAGCCUUUCCUUUUGUUCCUCUGUGUUGUGUAUUUCCUGUGUAUGUGGUUUUGCUUAGGCAGGUCUAACUAGCAAAGACUCUGAGUAUUGCACCUUGUUUUCCUGUAUUGUUGCUUUUUUAUUUCGGUAUUUAAAGAAACUUUUGUGAGCAUCAGUGUAGUCCAGUUACUCUGGGCGGAACAGGGGCAACCUUCGAAUCCACGGUAAUGGCCAGUGUGUCCGUGCAUGCGCGCUGGGCUCUACAUCGGUACUGCUGCUUUUGGGGAGGGUAGCGGAGGCCGGAGGGGAGCAGGGAGAGCCCCUUCACAGCCGGCACCCGCCUUUGGCGUGGGCAGGGAGAAGGGCUAGCUCUUGGGUAGGCACGGACGCCAUCAGUCUGCAUUCAACCGCUUUACAUCAAGUGCCCGCAUUCUGUACCAGCCAAUGCCCACCCCCUCGGACCCGACCUCGGGUGGGAGGAGAUGCCGCUGUCCUUGUCAGUUUUCUGAUAGGGGGAUGGGGGGAGCGUCUUGUGUGAGCGUCUUCAGUGAAGGAUACAACAAUGCCUAAUGUAUUUAACUUCAUUUGUGCACGUGAGUGUGUAUGUGUGUGUGUGUGUGUGUACGUACGUGUGCACGUGAGUGUAUGAGUGUUUAGGGAAAGGCAAAAAAAAUCAUUUGCAUGUGAGACAAAGGAAAUUGGAAGCUCUAUUGGUUUCUUGACUCACCCCUGUCGGUCUGAAGCAGGCAUCCCGAAGGACUGACAAAGGGGAAUGUUAAGUUGAAGUAUAGCAUCUUACAAGGAGCAUUCACUGCAUAUGAUUAGGAGAUGUGAAUCCGAAGGGGCUGGGGGGCAGGGGGCAUGCAGGAAGUUACAGCCUUGCUUGCUUGCUUGCUUGCUUUCUUAAAAUAGCCCUGCCCGCGCCGCCCUCCAGUUUCUGUCUGUCCUACCCUCCACAGAGAAGACACCCCCCUUCUUCAGUCCAUCUCCCCAGUUUCUUCCCAAGUGGUGAAGCGUUAGCUCUGUUGUGGCCUUGAGGUGAAGAGCAGCUGUCCUCCUCAAUAGAGAAAACUCGAUCUAAGUUCCUUAGCUGUAGUGGAAGUCCCGAGAAGCGCCUCGCUUGGUGGCUUCUGUCCCAUUGCCUGCUGCCGCCCCCCCACCUCCCCAGGGGUUCCUCACGUUCCUUUUCCUCCUCCUCCCAACCUGCCUAGUGGUUACUCUACCUGCACUUUGGGUUAGUUGAGUUCAUUAUGAUACUACGGUGAAAGCCGGGUGCUAGAGCCCCUCUUGUUUACAAGACAUAAUGAGGGAUUUGAAAUAUGUAAAAAAUAAAAUUGAGAAGCUAAAAUGUUCUUCCAUCAUAAGCUUAAAGGGAAAAAAAAUUAAAAAUUUUUAAAAAGACCAAAAAGUGCAUAUAUAUAAAAAAAAGUAUAUAUUUUAGAUGAAGACUAACUCUGGGAGCAUAUAACAGUGUUUGUUUGGGGUUUUUGGUUUGGUUUUUUUUUUUGUGUGUGUGUGUUUUAACAUUUAUUUUCCUGCUUUAAAAUUUGCAAGCAUUCUCAGGAAUUCUAGGGUAGGAAGCCAGUUUUUUUUGAAGAUGGUUUAUUUAACUGUGUCUUAUCCUAGAUAGAUGGCUGUUUCUUUCCUGUUGAUAAACUUUUACAAGUUCCUGAAUCUUCAAGAAGAAAAGUUUAAAAUAAAAGUUUUUACUUAAUUUUAAAAAAUUCAAAAAGAACAGUCUUUAAAUGUUACAGUCAUAACUGGGGAUCACACAUUUUAAAACCUGUACAAAGAAAUAAGAUAUUUUUUAAAAGUUCUCAGUUUAGCAGCAAGAAAUAAAUUCAUUAUACUCUUAAAAAAAACAACAACUAAGAGAAUGAUUAAGCUGUAACAAGCUCUGUCUUAGUCUCAUUUGGAAUUGUGUGUAAUUGUAGUUGUGUGAGAGGGGGGAUAGAAUUGGGGGGGAAGAGAGAUGAGCAUCUGAAUGGGAAUGACAUCACUGGUCCUUUCCACUUAGAAUUAAACCGCUAUCUCUCCUGAUACUUUUUUUUUUUUUUUAGUAAAAGAAAAAAGACAAUUCCCUACAUCUUUCACUACCCUCCCCAAAAAUAUUAGUUCUGACUGUAAAAUUUAGUAGUUUGGGUGAAUGAGAAUUUAUGUAAAGAAAAUAGGGACUAUUGGGUAAUGCUUUUUGGAACAAAUUUUAAAUAUAGGUUUUGCUAGAGGAAAAUUUACCCAUGGACUAUUCCAUUAAUGGGAAAUGUAUAUGUCUACUUCCUUUUAUUGUGGAAAGGAGGAGGACACGAAUAAGAUAAUCUGAAAAGGAACAAAUGAUUUUUACUUUUUUAGCUCCCAGAUAGUGUUGUGUUUAUUUUAACUGCUACUUUAAAGAUUUGCUGCUUACUUACCUCCAUCCACCAGCUAGAGACUUGGAAGUUUGACCUUUUUAUUUUUAUUUUCUUUUUUUUUUUUUUUUGGUUUUUGUUUUUGUUGAUAUUGAAUUCUCCUUUUGCAUACCCUUCUGGGGCCAGAUAAUUGAAAUUCCCAAGCUUGACAAGAGCUUCAUUGAGACAUUUGAGCUUACCACUGGGAAUGAAAAGCUUCCUCUCCAGGUGAGGGGAAGUGGAGUUAAUGCCUGAAAUUUCUCUGAAACCGCUUUAGUGCCUUCGUACAUACACCCAGACAUCCUGUGAAAGGGGGAGGGGGCGGUAUGUGUGUGCUUGUGGUCCAGUCACUCCAUGUAAGUUCAUGCACCUGUCCUGGAAAGAGUAUGGAGUCCUGGGCAUGCCCCAAUGGCAGUGAGUGAAAUUAAAAAAAAAAAAAAAAAAGAAAAAAAGUGCAUUUAGGUCUUGAAAAAGUAGAGUGCUGAGUCCCUGUGCUGUGUUGUGUUGUGUGCCCUCCACUUUCAUCCAUUUCCCGUGCUUAGUGUGAGUGCUUGUGGAAAAGUCUACCUGUCUUCAUUUGGAAAGUCUUACUGUGUUGGGCCAGUAGAAAGGAGUCCCCUCUCCCUUUCCUUGGAAAACUUGGGUUCGCCAGAAGGUCUGCUUCAUUGGUUGGCAGUGACUUAAGAGCAGGAAACAGUGAGGAUGCGAGCAACGACGACAUCUCUUUGCCGUGGCGGCUCUUCCCGAGCCACGUCCUCCACGGGGACGGUCCGAGAGGGUGUCAUUCCUCCCCAGCCUCUUCUGACACCCACAAGUGAGGAGGAAAGGCUGGCGUUCACUCGUCUUGCUGGGCGGUCUAGUUUGGGGAACGGCCCGAGAGACAGCCUCUUUCCACCGCGUUUCUCCUCGUCAAGAAUGAGGCAUCUUGCCUUCUCAGCAGGCAAACCCUCUCUCUAGAGCAACCAGAGAGGCCCGCUUCCUUAGUACUUCUCACAGGCUCUGCCCACCCCGGGGCCAGGCCGCUCGCCCAAAGGAAGCGAAACAUUCCCAAGAGAAGGAAACGUCUUCCAUCAGACCAGGCUGGGUGACCAGCCAGCCCUCUGCUUUUAGUUCACGUCCUCAUCUUCGGCGUCUGUUCAGCCAAACUUGACAACUCUCCGAGACACUGUGAAGAACCGGAAAGCCCACCGAGCCAGCAGCCGUUCGUGGGGGCCACGGUUAGCGCAUGCUGCAAGUGAGGGCUCCCGAGCCACCCCCGUCGCCAAGGUCCACGUCCGAUUUUCUCCAUGGCCCCAGGCUGCUCUCCUUCACGCUCUGUCGGGGGGAUUUUCCCUUUCUCUCGUGAUGUUCCUGAGAGAAGCAACUUCGCACCUUUCCCUCGAGUGUGACAUCAAUUAGCAGUAAGCUCCCAGGACUUCUCUUGUGAAGUGUUGUGUCUAAAGCAUGUAGGGAAGAGGAAAGCUUUCUAAGAAUUUGGAAGUUCUUUUGUUGUAAUUUUUUUUUUUUAAUUUCAGUUCCGGAGACUCUUACUAUGUGUUGUUGUGUUCACCAUCAAUCCUUCUCACCCUUUUGGGCUUUUCUGAGGGCUGCAUCUUCAGUAGCUUUGAGAGUCAGCUUCAGCCUCAAAAGGGGCCUUCUUUUUUCUUUUUUAAGAUCCUGGCAUUCUGAUACUUCUGUUGAACAGACUAAAGAUUCCUACGCGCUCGUCAGAGAGCUUAAGCCAAGCCUGUUUUCUCCGCUUCGGAAACAAGCAGUCUUCAGGAGACUUGGUUGUAAAUGCCAUCUCUCAGAUUAGGGAACAAUUGAGUCUUGAGAUAGAGAAGGUCUCGGUUUCAGGUCCCUUCCAUACCCCUUUCUCCCUCUGCUCCCCAGGAUGACUAAAACACAGUAGACAGUUUUGUUUGUUGGGGUAUGGUUUAUAUAUAUAUUUAUAUUUAUAGAGAUAUAUAAGAUCUUGAACUAGGAAGAAAUAUAUAUUUUAUUCAAUAAACGUCAACCUUUUUCAGCCUUUUCUUUCUCCAUUGAUCUUGCCAGGUUCUGUCCCAUUUCCUCUAUGCAUUAACUGCGCAUCUUAGUGUUAACUGUAAGAAUCUUCUUCAGUCUUGUUUUUCCUAUUAAAGUGGUCUAAAUGGAGUUUAGUACUAUAGUGGAAAUGAGUGUGUGUGUGUGUGUGUGUGUGUGUGUGUGUGUGUGUAGAGAGAGAAAUGAAUUGUAAAUCUUGUGACCUCAAUAUUCAGCCAGUAACGAGGGUCCCUGUACCCGAUGGCCACCAAUGGCAGCACACCAUCGACCGAACUUUUUCUUUUAUUCUGCCAGUAGGAUGUGUGUAUGCAUGGUCUGUGUUUCUAUGGCCAGUGCCAAAGGGUUGUGUGUGUGUAUGUUUCGCUUUCUUGUCUUCGGAAAAGAGAAGGAGAAUCAGAUCCAGUCGUUCAGUUUUGGAAUUGCUACCAACUCCAGGAUUUUGUGAAUGUAGCAAGUUUUCUCAGAACAGGAGGGUUUAUUCAGAAAUAAGGCCUUGAAACAUUUGCGGGAGCCGUCACAUAUCAUCCAGUCCGACGAAUCGCCCUCUUUGCUGUAUGUCUGUACCAUUCCUAUGCAGGGGGGCAGAUCUGAUUUCCAGAGCUUUCCUAUCACUGGGUAAGAGUGUCUCCAUCGCCCUUAAGAAGAAGGGGGGCCCUUUAACAUCUGGGCAGGUGGGAUUAUGUAGGCUUUGUUUGGCUUGGGGGAGGAUCUCCAUCAGCCGGUCGCCAGCACCUCUCUUUCUGUCGUUUUCGACAGGAGCUACUGCUGUUGAGUUGAGAUUGAGCAUCUCUCCCUCACAGUCAGCUUGUGACACGAGAAACCUCUGCCCUCCGGGAAGGUGGGCCCAUGGUGCAGGACUGGCCUCCACCGGCUCCUCGUGGCUGACACUCACUUAGAUGGCCAGGAAAGAGGGGGGGAAACCAGCCAAGUUAAGCAGUGUUUGUUUUUGGUCCUUAAAUAGUGUUUCCUUAAGCACUUUGUGCCUCAGCUGAGGUGUUUUAACUAUAAAUCAGUGCAUUGAAAAAUAGGAUACUUUGUUCCUGGGUCGGUUGAUGGGUGGGAUUUUUUCCUGUUUCUAGCCAAAUUAGUCAGUGGCUCUGCUUUUUUUUUUGUUUCAGUAAGCAAAAUUCUUCCUUAUAGAUAUCACUAAGCAGUAAAAAGUAGUCACCCAGCUUGCUGACAGUAUUGUGUGGUUUGGUUGUGGUUUUAAGUGCUUUGCUUUCCCAAACUCUUAUCUCCUCUCUUUUCUUGUGUCUCCCCCUACCCGCCCACCCCCCGGCCUUUUGGUGUUCCCACCGGAAGAGUUGAAGGGGCUGGGAAGCAAAGAGGAGGAAGUUCUAAAAGGUGACCGGGGUUGAGAGCGAGGAGCCUUACUUACUUUGAGGGGGUAGCCUUACAGCAGAGCUUUAUGGGAAGAGAUGUAGUCGGAUCCAAAUAGAAAAGCCAAAAAUGGAAAAGGGGGAUACUUAUGCAAAAACAAAACCAAACCACAGCAUCUCUGCAAACCUGUAAGAAAUGACUUGCCUUGGAAAGGCAGGACAGAGUCUCACCAAGUGAUUCAGUGCAACAGGCGAACAUUUCUUGGCAGGGAAAUGUAGGGUAGGUCAGAACAAGUGUGUUUAAAACACCACCACCACCCCCUUUUAUUUUUUUUUUAAGGUGUUACUUAAAUGUAGUAUUUUUGAAUGUGCCUUUGUGAGUACAGGAACCAUCUAAUGAGGAAACUCUCCAUCAGAGAUCAGAAAAGAUGGUCAGUCGAUUCUUUAGGAAGGUCACUUUCUCCCAGAACUCCCUCGCUCUUGACCAUGAGCGUCGAGAUCUCACUGGACUGAGGAGAGGGUAGAGAUAGUUGGGGGCGAGGAGAGGGUGUAGGGACCGCCAAGGAGGCGCCCCUUCCUCUCCAGAGCUGUGAGUUCGUGUGUCUUGUGCGUCCAGGUGCUGCGUGCAUGUGUGUGUGGGUGACUGUCGGGGGGUUUCGGGAAGCACUGGAGAACUGAAGCGUGACAGUGGCGUGGCGUGUUUCUGCAUGUGGAAGAGAAGGCAUUUCUUGAUUCUUUCUGCCCUAGGAUGUGGUGCAGGCAGCGUAUCCUUACCCUCCGUGUCCCAAUAAGAUAGUUGGUGGUUUUUCCCAGCUCGUUCGAUGUUGCCAUUUGAGCAAACAGGGUAUUACACACAAAGAAAAAAAGGGUUUUGAGAUGUUAAAGGUCAAAGUGUUUAAAAAAAAAAAAAAGAAAAGAAAGGAGAGAGAAAAAUCUGAAAUCCUCUUUUAUUUCAGAACUUCUUACGGCUUAAACAUAGAAAUCUGCAGUGUCUCAUUUCAUUUGUUUUUGUUGUUUAAUAUUCCACCUCUUCUCCCCAUCCCUGACCUUCUAAAGAAAUCGUGUACAAUGCUUUGGGCCAUUUCCGAAUUCUCACCUGCCUCCAAGCCCUGAGGUGGGGGGUGGGGGGGAGACACCCUCACCCCAAGAUUCCUUCAUCUUCUUCAUUCAGGAAGACAAAGGGAGGGGGGGAUACUGAAGCUUUCUCUGCUCCAAUCUCAUUCCUCUCUAAUGGCCUUGAAAUGUAUUCUUAUGCAAAUGUGAAUUUUGAUACUGAAUUUAAGAAGAGGUUGUUGUUUUUUUUCUUUUUUCAAAAAAAAAAAAAAAAAAGGUCCCAUAUGUGGUCAGCAUUGCUUCUUUCUUUUGUAAAGUGAAUUGUAAACUAUGCAUUCUGCAGGGGGGACGGGAAGAGUUGGGGUCUUGGGGGGGGUUGACGAGUAGCUUUGCAUAAUUGUUUCACAGUUUCUGUGUCCAUGGUAUAUCUGUGUUUAGGAGGGGAAAGGGGGGGCCGCUGAUUCAGUACAGUGAGGACCCCUGGGAGUGAGAGAGGACUCUGGGCAGCCCUCUCCCAGUGGCUGGGUCUUGUGGGGAGAGCCUGCCUGUUAAAUCAACUGCAGAAAGACAAGCUAUUCUGCACCAGGGCCCGGCUGGCAAAGUCUGGCCAUGGAGUGUUCAUCCUGGGUUCUCUGCAGAAGGACCAUUGCCCACGCUCUAUAACUAGUCCCUUUCAAGCUCAGGAACCAGAUCACCUCACGUGCGCGUGCCGUCCUUAGGAACCCACUUUGCAAUCUGUCCAUUUCAGAAGCCAUUGUUUUUGUUUUUCUUAAGAGCUGGAGCCAGCUGCUCCUCCAUGCCACAGAUUAAGGAAACCACUCUGCUGUGCUGGGAAGUGGGCAAAAAAGCCUGCCUCCCUCCCUCCUUCCCUCUCUUCCUUGUUCCAUCCCUUCCUCUCUCUUUCUUUUCCUCCCUUCUUCCCUCUCUCUCUUUUCUUCCCUUCCUUCUUUUCUUUUCAUCUUCCCUUCCUUUCUUUUCCUUCUUUUUUUCCUUCCUUUCCUCCCUUUAUCUUUCCCCCCCUCCUUCCUUCCUUUUCUCCUCCCUCACUCUUUUCUUCCUUUUCUCCUCCCUCUUUUCCUCCUUCCUUUCUUCCUCCCUCCUUCCUUCUUUUCUUUUUUUCCCUCCUUUUCUUCUCAGCUCCCCCCUUCCUUCUCUUCCUUCUCAGCCAAAUGUCAUCUGGAUUUCAUGGGAUUUUCUUUGGACUCUGGACACCUAAGAUUUGAGUGAGUUUCUUGAAGGCAUGUCCUUGGGAAGCCUCCAUCCCUGGCUGCCUCCAUGCUGUCUUAACCAGGAUCCCUUGCCCGUGGUUAACCAUGGCACCCGCCUUGCUCUUGGCAUUAUCUUCAACAUGCAGUAUCAUCAGCAAGAGAAUGUUGUGGCUGUUUUCAGUGUUUCCAUACAGCAAGCUUUUUUGUUGUUGACGUUCACAGUACUGUAAUGAGUAAAUGACUUGAUCACGUUCACGCUCUCCUCACUGCGUGAUCUUAUCAGGGUUCCAAUCUGUUAGAUUGCCUUUAAACAUACAGACAAACAAACAAACAAACAAUCCUGAGGUUUCAACUGUUUAUCACAAGACAAUACCUCGUUGGUACAUUUCCCAUCUUGUAACUCUGAAUCCUUAUCUCCUCUUCUGACAUUAAUGGAUUCGUUUUGUUUUUUAAUAAGAACAUGUAAAUAGCAAGAUAGCUUUUAAAAUAUUUAGUUUGCUGUGAAAGUAACCCUAUCAUAUGAUGUGGUGUUUUGUUUUGUUUUUGCAUUUUUUUUAAGCCAUCAGAAAUUUCAGCUUGUAAAUCCUUCAUAUUAACGACAAAGCCGAGGUCAGGGAAGCGUCUCUGCGUUUGUGGGUGGGUGCCCCUCCACCCUCCUUUGCCCCUUUGCUGCAUACAUAGGACAGAUCACGCCUCAUGGGCAGGUUCUUGAGGAGUGGGCCAGAUGCCAGGUUGGUUUUGCGCUGUCUUUCCCAGAAGGCCCUCCCAGGUAUCCCAGAGUGUUUCCUCCUCGAUGCAUUGAUGGAUAGAAAGCUUUCGCCGUAAAAGUCAUUUGGCCGCAGUGAAAGGCAGUUGUCCCGGGUACAGCCUGAUUGUCAAAGUUAGCUGGGCCGCUCUGGGGAUAGGAAGAGGGAUAGGAAGAGAUCGCUGCUGUUGUUGCAAGUAGACAUCCUUGUAGAUGUCACAGGGACCCUGACCGGGACAGGAGCAUGCUGGCCGUCUGUCCUGCACUGCUUUUGCCCUCGGGAGGGGACAGACCCUCCUACAAUGAGGCGCUUGCCAUCCAGCACCCAUUUAGGGGCUACAGGUGUUAGGGUUGGACUCGGCCCUUCUCCCUGCCUCCCAGCAGGCGCCUUGCUCUUCCUUAUGUAAUUCUCAUGGGCUCUACUGAUUUUUGUCCUGCUUUCCUGGUGGGCUACUUCUUCCUCAAACCCCCAGUGACCAAAGUGUGCCCAAUGACCCCACAGUGGCGCGUGCCCACCUUGAGUGCUGGAGUUCUGUCCCCCUCGGCCUUCAUCAAUCUCAGUGUGGCCUUUGGGUGCAGGAAGCGUUUUUAACAGGUCAGGUCCAAGGAGAAAGCAUUCUAGCAAUUCAGCAGUGCCCGUUUGUUCACAAUCCAAUCCUGAAUUCUGUGCCCGCCCCACCUGUGCCCCCAUUUAAGGAACCAAAAAAACAAAUAGAAGUAAUGAAACAUAACCUGACAAAAAAGAAAAAAAGUUUUCCGAACUAUUUUAUCUUCUACCAUCUAGAUGGAGAUAAGAAUGCUGCUUUGAGUUCUGGAAUCCUAGGGCCUGUGUUUACAUGGGUUAGUUAAAAUAACUUCUACCCAAUCAGGAAAGAAGUGAGCAUGUGAAUGCCCUCAGUGAGAUUUCUGCCCCAGAUUACAGUGGAGACGGUGAGGGUCCUGGAGGAGGGGAGAGGAAGAGCCGGAGGAACGAUGGAGCCCUUCUUUCUCCUCUGUCAAGCAGAGAGGCCCCUUUCCUCCUUCCCUCCCUCCCUUUGGCCCCCCACUUUGCCCCCAUGGAAGGCAGCGCCCUCAAGGGCAUUCAGAAAAAAAAAAAAGGCAAAAAAAAAGGCUGGGCUGGAAUGGGCAGCUUUCUUUCCCUACUUUGCACACAAACAGGGAUCAGGAAGGUACAGUCACCAGAAGCAAAAGUCUCAAUGGCUGCACAUACGGAUGCGCUCUGCAAGUUACCUACAAGUGUUUUGUUUUUCUGAUACUUGAAAUAGCUUUUACAGUUUGUUUGGGUGGCUUGUUUUUCUCUCUUCUCGGGGGAUGGUCGAGGUAUGGAUCACAGGACGAGGGAGAUUGGGGAGGGGAAGAGAGGAAAUGACAAUGUCUUUUUUUUUUUUUUUUCCUUAAAUCAAAACUUGGGUUUGAUCCUAAUCCCGAUUUGUUGAAAUUGCUGGUUUUACAUGGACACAGAAACUAGGCACUUUAGAGGUGCACUUGCAUGGCAGGCUGGGCCCCCCUUUUCUAUAUUUUUAUUUUACUUUUAGUAUAGUGGUACUUAAAAUCACUGGUUCACUUAAAAAAAAACAAACAAUAAAAUGUUAAACUCUACUAAUGUACAAAUAAGCUGAAACGUUGCAUUUUAUGUGUAUUUUUUGCCAUAGCAGGUACUGUAUUUUCAUGCUGGAUUUCAAAAAACAAGAGGGUGGUGUUUUAUUGGCUUGUGACAGGUUAAAAUCAAUAAGGAAUUAAGUCGUUGUCAUUUCAUUGAAACAGAGAUGAUGUAAUGCAUAUAUAAGAGUUUUCUGAAGGGUUUUUUUUUUUUUUUUGGCUUUUAAACAGCUUAUUUUUUGUUUUUUAUUUUAUUUUAUUUUUUGAAAGAUAUGAUUGUAUUAUGUGCAACUCAGUUGCUUACAUUAUAACUACAAAAUAUUUUUGGGUUCCUGGAAAAAAAAAGAAAAAAAGACUAAUAAAUGUGUUUGGCUGCUAAGCAUUUAA